CUACUGAAAAGCAAUGUUAGUUUAAAGGAUUUCAUUCUAUUGAUCUAAUAUCUGGAAAUCUCCCUAGGUUUACAGCAUAGGAAGAAUUCUGAGAUAGACCAGGCUAUGUCCUCUGGAGAGUACCAGAAAGACUUUGAGGUCAUCGUCCACAGCUACUUUGAAACGUCUUCCGUCCAUCAAGCCUGGAACCAGUCAGAAGACGAUGCAGGCUACCCACACGACAACGGCAACUACACGGCUCACAAGAAAUUUUACGACACAGUCUGGGACGUGCAGACGUACUUCAUCCCUCUGAUAUGCUCCCUUGGCAUACUGGGCAACCUGGCAUCCGUGGCCGUGUUCUUGGCGGGGACCAUGAAGAAGAAAUCCUGCAUCAUGUACCUGACAACGAAAUGCAUCUCGGACACGGUCUUUCUGGCAGGGCUGUCCAUCGUUUGGCUGGAUCUCAUUGACAUCCGAUGGUUUCACCGCCAGGGAAUCUGUCAAAUGGUCAUCUUCAUCACCUACGUCAGCGGCUUCUUCUCCGUCUGGCUGGUGGUCCUGGUCACUGUGGAGAACUACAUCCACAUCUGCCACCCCAACGCUGUCACCACCUUCUGCACCCCGGGCAAGGCCAGGGCAGCCCUACUUGUUCUGGGCAUCUUCGCCAUUUUCUGCUACAAUUUCCCGCUUUGGACAACAUACAGUAGGACCAUGGUGUCCAGGAGGCAAUGUCUACCUAUACCAGAGUUCUCCUUGUUCAAUGAAGGCCUGACUUACUUUGACACCAUCAUCACAUUAGUUCUGCCUUCGUUUCUGAUACUUCUCUUCAUGACGGCCAUUUUCAGUUCCCUCAUCGCCGCGUAUUGGAAGAACAAGAAAGGGAGGUCAUCAGGUCAACCUGGUCACGUGAAACACUUCUGCUCCUCGCCUUACGGGCGCCUCACUGUCAUGCUGACAGCUGUGUCCAUCACCUUUAUCACGCUUCACACUCCAAGCCACAUCAUCCGGCUCCGGCUCCUUCUCGGACAGCUGCUCGGACACGGCCCGACCAUGUCCCAGUUUCUGCUCCAGCGCCUGUUCGAGCUCUUCUACUACAUCAACUUCGCGCUGAACAGCGGCAUCUACUUGAUGUUCGGGAAGUCCUUCCGGGGCGUCUUUACCAAGUUCUUCUUCUGCCGACCCUGCUGUGACAAAGCGGCCAGGGCUGAGAAUCGAGACAGCGAGUCUGCGCAGAACGUGUGCGAGGCGAGUUCGAACGCAAACAAGCUUGAAGAGGCAAGCCGAGAAGACAAGGGUCGGCGUGUACAAGAGAGCAACCGUUUUUCCAAGACUGAGUGUAUCGAACUGAAAGUACAAGAUGAGAUUAGCUAGUCUACCAUGUCUUAUAGGGGAAAACACAAAUAUAAGAAUUAUGACGUCAUGCAUUCGUGUGAUCUACAAGAAACUUUAGCAUUUCAUAGCUAGUCUACUAUGUCUUAUAGAGGAAACACAAUUAUAAGAAUUAUGACGUCAUGCAUUCGUGUGAUCUACAAGAAACAUUUGCAUUCAUAGCUAGUCUACUAUGUCUUAUAGAGGAAACACAAUUAUAAGAAUUAUGACGUCAUGCAUUCGUGUGAUCUACAAGAAACAUUUGCAUUCAUAGCUAGUCUACUAUGUCUUAUAGAGGAAACACAAUUAUAAGAAUUAUGACGUCAUGCAUUCGUGUGAUCUACAAAAAACAUUUGCAUUCAUAGCUAGUCUACUAUGUCUUAUAGAGGAAACACAAUUAUAAGAAUUAUGACGUCAUGCAUUCGUGUGAUCUACAAGAAACAUUUGCAUUCAUAGCUUAGUCUACUAUGUCUUAUAGGGGAAACACAAAUAGAAGAAUUAUGACGUCAUGCAUUCGUGUGAUCUACAAAAAAAACUUUAGCAUUCAUAGCUAGUUUAUCAUGUCCCAUUGGGAAAAAAAAAGAAUUAUGACGUCAUGCAUUCGUGUGAUCGACAAGAAUGAAAAAGCUAC